CGUAAAACCUGUCAAUAUGUCAUUAAAUUCUAGUAAUCCCAUUGAAAACCCUUUAACGUUCAGACAACUAGAAUAUUUAAUUUCUCAAUGGGAAUUUGUUACAGAAGAAUUUCAAGAAAGAUUUCAAUGUCAAAAUGAAGCAGUGAACAAACUGUUAGAUAACUGUUGUGCUAACCAACGUAAGUUGUUACCUAUAGAUAGACGAAUUAUUAAAAGUAAAACAUCUCAGCAACAUACAGAAUGUCUUCUUGAAUAUAUUUACAAUAGUUUAUUGGAAGUAGAAAAGCAUCUUGUACCACUGGAAAAAGAUGUUAUGUGUACGUGCAUAGAUUUUCCAGAAGAUCUUUGGAGAUACGAAAUAUACAACAAAGUAGAAUCCGUAUAUGCGCUUAUCAGUAAUGCACAGCAAGCUCUUACCUUGACGCAGAUGGACAUAUGCUCAACCGGCAUAUUAUUACCCAACAAAUUGUGUAAGGUAGUAUAUAUUUUAAAUGUACUGCUAAACAUAUUAGAAUACUGCGAAGCGCAAAUCAACAAAAUGGAAAUUGUGGCUAGUCGAACUGCAGGAUGCUUUUGUUUAUAAUUUUUAAUUAUAAGUAUUUUGUAAUAAACAAUCAUUUCAG